AUGGCACUAGUUCUUGGUGAUCAGAACAGGAAGAAAUUUAGAUCAAUUGAAGCAGAGAAAAGAAGGGAUAAUUUGCCUACACUUGCUUCCAUUGAAUCUUUAGCCAUACCUCUUGUGCAAGAAGUGGUCUUUUUAGCAGAUUUCCGAUGCCCAAAUUGUCAGCAAAGAGUUGCAGAAGUCAUGUCCAAAAUGAACGGGGAGACAGAUUCUGUAGAAGUCAGUGUGUUGGACAAAAAGGUGACAGUCACGUGUAGAUUUCCUACUGCUGCAGAAACCUUGGGAAUUCCUGCUUCAUCACCCAAUAGUACCCCAGUUGCCCCACUCAACAAGCUUUCCCUCUUGUUCAUGCGCCUCUUCUUCACCUCCUGCCGUUCAUGA